AUUGCUCUUAUACCAUCCGACUAUUACACUAUUCAACUCAAAGAACUAAAAUGGAAUUUUAGCACCCCUAAUAGGUGUGAGGGAAAUGAGAGAGAUAAAAGACCUGGUCUCCUUCCAAAGUGCCAAUCGCACAAAGAAUCCACAACGCGUUUUGCAGGAAUUCCCAAUGCGCAUCCUUAGUCUUGUCUUGCUAUUGUGCUUCACUUCCCAUGUUACAGGAGCUCAACAAUUGAGCCGAGGAAGACUGAUAGAUGUCAAAGGCGGACCUGAAUCGGUCGUUUGGGCGGUUCAGCUCUCCGAUCUCCAUUUCAGUGUCCACCACCCCGACAGAGCCCUUGAUUUCAAGAUCCUCGUGGGCCCUGCCCUCUCCAUGAUCAAUCCUUCCCUUGUCCUCAUCACUGGUGAUCUCACUGAUGGGAAGAGCAAGGACUUACUGACAAUGAAGCAAAAUGAGGACGAGUGGGUUGAAUACCAGACUGUAAUGGAGAAUGUUGCGAGAAGUAGUGGACUUGACAAGAGCAUCUUCUAUGAUCUUAGAGGAAAUCAUGAUAAUUUUGGUGUACCGGCCGUUGGGGACUCAUUUGAUUUCUUUUUAAAUUAUAGCAUCAACGGACAGUUGGGUAGGAGGGGAAAGGUCAAUAGUGUCACUUUACAGACUGGUGAACGGAAGCAUCUAUUUGUUGGAUUGGACAGCACAAUGUCUGUUGGUCUACGAGGGCCAACUAAUUUAUUCGGUCAUCCAACUGACCAGUUGCUUCAGGAAUUAGACUUGGAACUAUCACAGUGGAAUUCUGAAUCAAGCAAACAAGUAACCAAGAUUUCUUUUGGGCACUUUCCUCUUUCAUUCUCUGCAUAUUCAUAUUCUGGGAGGAGCCUGAAAGAUAUAUUUCUUCAGCAUUCCAUAUCAGCUUAUCUAUGUGGGCAUCUCCAUACAAGGUUUGGCAAGAAUUUGAAGCGGCAUCACCAACCAGGUCAUCAUUCUGUAUCGUCACGAGAGUUUUUCCAGCUAAAUAUGCAUCAGAAACCUCUCGAAAAUACUAGAGAUUGUUCAUUUAAGGCCUCACCAGUCCAAGAAUUUUGGGAAUGGGAGAUGGGUGACUGGAGGAAGAGUAGAGCUAUGAGAAUUUUGGCCAUUGAUAGAGGUCAUGUUUCAUAUGUUGAUAUCGACUACAAGGCAGGAGCAAAAAAAACUAUUAUACUGCCCACUUUCCCACUGGACUCGCGCUUCAUGUCAACAUCUUCAUCAAGGCACAUGUAUGAUUGUCAACAUAUGAUUCCAUCAUCCUAUGAGACAGUUAGAGCCCUUGUGUUCUCUUCUUCUCCAAUUGUAUCAGUUGUUGCUAGGGUGUAUGACUCAAGAUCUGGGAAUCUCGAUGGGGUAUUGGAGGCAUCAAUGAGAAAGCAUGCGGAUAACAACUCCAGAGGGGACCUUUAUACUGCUCCGUGGAACUAUAGAGCUUUCGAGGACCCAUCUCCUGAUCGAUAUUGGCUUCAAAUAGAAUCUACGGACAUAAUGGGUAGAUUAACUUUGAGUGAGAUAAGACCAUUUUCUCUGAAUGGCCUUAGUGCUAAGAUUUCUUGGACUUGGAAGGAGUUCUUUGUCAUGGGCUGUCAGUGGGCUACCUUGUACUACCCUAUACUGUGGUCUGCUCUAUCUUUCAUUCUCUCCAUUCUUCUUGUUCCAAAGUUUUUCCUUGUUAUCUCGAGGAAGCAGUACACUUACAAGGAUUUUGUUGCAGAGAAAGGUGUCAUAAAGGGUAUAGCAUGUGUUUUGCAAGACCUCUGUAGGAUUCCUGUUUUCUGGUUUGGUAUUUUGGCAUACGUGUUCUAUCUUGUAUUAUGUCCCUGGUUUAUUGGGCGAGUUUUCACCGAUGGAGGGAACAGGGGAUACAUGACCUAUAUGGGUUGGGUAGUGAAGAAUUUUGACUAUAAUGAAAACCUUGAUUAUAUUGGAUCUCCUGAUAUAAUGGUAGUGGUUCUUCCUCAUCUCUUCUUUGUGGUUUUGCCAACUAUCUUUGUCACUGGGGCUUUAGCUGCAGAGAGAGGACUCUAUAGAGAACAUUUUCUAUCACUUUCUGGGAAGAAAGAAGAUGAUUAUGGUUCACAGAGUGAAAGAUCUCUAUUUUAUGAUCACCGACCUGGAAGAAGAUCAAAGUUCCAUUUUGUUGAUCGCUGGAUCAGAAAAGUACUGCUGUUGCUUUGCUUUGCUAUCUGUUGGAAGCAUUUUCAGAGUUGUAGAGCACUCAUGAAAGCUUACGAGAUGAACCCAUUACUCGAUUUUCCAGUAUAUAGCCUGUCAAACCCUCUACUGUUGGGUUAUGCAGUCUGCAAAACCAGAAGAUUUUGAUUUAGCAUAGCCAGAGCGAGAUUUAGGUUAGGUGCAUGGGCUCUGAAGUAGUUUCUGGUGCUAUGUGAACUUCACAGAGAUGCUCGAUUACGGACUUCUUCUCGCUGCAGUUGCUUGAAGAUGAGCCUGAAAAUUGAUAAAAGCGCUCCAUUUUUCCCUCGUCAGGAUAUGACUGUAUACGUGUAAUGGUAGAUGCAUUGAAAUCCAGCAACUCCUCUUUUAUUUUCUGUUAAAAGGACUUCCUGAUUGAGAUUAAAUGA